AUGGAGGAGAAGCUGAACCUGUACUUCUACCCGUUGCAGAGACUCAAGGUCUAUGAAGACCCAAACAAGAUAGAUGUGGUACUGAGCCCCCUUAAGCGAACGGAGGGAGGAAAGGAGGAAGGGAUAGAAUCUCUAAAUUGCAGAGCUGUGGAGAAUCCACAUAUGAUUUACGACUCACUAAAUUCAAACAUACUGAAUGAGAUAAAAAAUUUUUACGCGAGCGAUAAGGUAUAUCAGGUGGUGGGCGCGAAUGAAGAAUUGAAAAGUGCGGCGGGGAAGCGAACCCAGUUGAGCGACGACAACGACAACGACAAUGACAACGACAAUGACAACGACAACGACAAUGACAAUGACAACGACAACGGAGACGAUAACGGUGAUGAUGGUAACGAUGAUGACGAUGAUGAUCACGAAGAAGACGAUGAAGAUGAAGAGGAGGAUGGUUGCUACUACACAGAUGGUAAUACAAAUGUGGAUGAAUAUAGCGAGGCUCCUUCAACCCAUACCCGUGUACAGAAGAACCCAUUGGGCGAUGAAACAAUAUCCAAGAGAAGAGACAAAUCGAAGAAGAAUCAAGUGCAACGUCGUAGAGGAAGAGAGACGAAGAGCCAGGAAGUCAGUGACAGGAAAAGAGCUAUGAAAAGUUGUGUGGACUUCCUGCACAACCUGCGUAAUUAUGAAAGAGAAAUACGACGAGAUUACAACAGGGUGCGGGCAUCACUAGAUGUGGUGAACACCUUGGCUACCUUCUACAUCGAUAAGAGCAUGCAGCUAGACAACAAGUAUGCAUACGAUUUACGUUUCAACGUUAAAUGCCCCGUUUUGGUGAUGCCCGGUGGAUUUUACAAUAACGAAGUAAAACUGAUGGAGACUCAAAUUGAUGAAUGUAUUUACGAUGAAAUGAGUGGGAGGGGAGAAAGCGGCUUUCCCGGAGAUUACCUCCCCGUGAACCUAAAAUUCUCCUUCGACAACGAAGCCACUAUCGUGCCGACCAACCUAUCCACCGGGAAUUACGACGCAAACGAUAGGGGACUACUUCCCUCCUACUACAGAUACUCGGAGAAAGUCAAGCUAGCCAAGGAGUACAACAUGAAACGUUCAUAUAGAAACGUGUAUAAGCUUGAAAAUAAUCACCUUAUCUAUAAGCUCGAUAGAAGCUUUACCGAACAGAAUCAAAAAGAAUCCAUUGUCGUUAGCAAAUAUUUGAGAAUAAAAGAAAUAAAAACGGACACGAAUAAUAUUAAUGAGUCGGUUGUUUAUGCCAGGAAUGACGUCGGGUUGCUUAUUUUCCAGGUGCAGUACGAUCCCGGGGGGGAGUUCCAAUGGGAUAGCGCCCUGUGGAGGGGAAGUAGAGAAGAUAAAACAAAAUACGACAAGAGCGAUUAUCAUCGUUGGCAAGAUGAUGGGUGCACUACGCGUAAGUCACUGUGUACUACACAGGAGGAGGUGUUCUCCAUUCUGGAUUACAAAAUAAAAAUAGCGAAAGAUAUUCUCCUCUUUGACAGACUGAUGUAUAUAUGUCCAAGUACAUGGACCUAUGGCAAGUGCACACUCUUAGGUAAUUACAACAGUUUGUAUUCAUACCAUUUAGAAACGAAUCUAAUAGAAAUUGUGGAGUUGAAGCAGAGAUUAGGGUACUUUAAAAAGUAUGAUACUGCUCUCUCCUUGUGCUACCUCCAGGACGAUAACACGCUCCUACUGGGAUGUCGGAACCUCUAUAUAUAUGAUAGAAGAGACAAAAACUUGUCAAAAUUUAAUACAAACAAUAGUGCUGUUAAGAGGGUAUCGAAGAAAACUACCAUGCAAGAAGCACGCGAUCACUUCUCAACGGGUUUACCAUUAGAAUCGAAAACAAAUAGAGAAAAUAUAUUUUACGAGGAUAAGAACAAAUCCCAUUUUAAUAGAGGCUACACAGCUGUUGCAAAGAAUCCACAUUUCUCCUUCAUCAUUGCAUCUGUGAAUUCAUCAUUUAAUGUGAUAGAAAUAUGGGAUCUAAGAAAUCAAUAUGAACCAGUCUUUCUGUUCCCAUUAAAUAUAUCUGAAUUUACAGAAUACCAUUUCAGACACAUAGAAUGGAUCCCCAUUACACCCACUGGAGAAAAUAGAUACGAGAAAAGGAUGAACUAUAAUUUAGUUACCUUCUCAUAUUAUGAACAUAUGGUCUAUGUCAGGAGAAUUUUAAUUCGUGACGAUUUUACUGGGUACAAGGAUUUAGGGAUGCAGGCAUACACAAAUGAAUCUUUCCGUUUUGCGUAUAACUACGCUUUUAAGGGAGAAACUCCUGCGAGGAAGGACAAUCAAGGGGAGGGAGAAGAAAACAUCCAAUCUUCCCAGGGAUAUCUUCCUACAUCUAUGUACACAGAACCGGUGGACACAGAUACCGUUUUUUCCUCCUUAGGUCAGGUCAAAAGGGAGCAUGAUUCCAAUGUGGAGAGAAGCUAUGUCGAAGAGGAGAAAUCUCCCUCCAACGCGAGAAGCGACAUUCCCAUAGGUCAUAGUGGCAAUGAUCCCAUGGUUUACCCCCUUAACGGUGACGAUCAGGAAAAUGCCGCCUCGACGAAGGAAGAAGUGGUCCCUCCGCAGGAAAAUCUGCGAGCGAACGACAUGCAGUUCCGUGAAGACAUAUCCUUCAAUCACAUAUUUAGUUACAAGGCAGUGAAGAUGCAUGUAAAGGAGUCACUCCUGGUGGACACAGCCAAGUUCACUCCCAUGCAGAAGAACAAAACGGAGUCCAUCAGACUCAUCUCCGACCACUCCAAGUACAAUUCUAUCAACACGAAUGUGUAUAAUAUAUUUUUCGGGAUAUAUGGAAUGAAAUUCGUGCAGUUGUGUGUUCCAGUUUUGUACUGCACGAGGCAGAUCGAUUCGGAUUCUAUGAAGGGGAUGCCUCCUUCUACGGGCAACUCCCACAAGGAAUACAAUGGUAACCCAUUACCUGCGGAAUACCUGGAGAAACGUUUCUACUUUGACGGGAAGAACACUCAAACGUGUAAAUAUUUUGUUAAGAAAAAAAAAAAAGAAAAAAAGGAAUCCUCCAUAAAAAUCAAGAGACAAGAAAUCGUGGGGAUCAAGCUUGACUAUGUCCAAUUUAUUUUUCACACGAAUUCUGCUGGACAACUCUUCUGUACCCCAGUCAAUUUGUGCAUGAAGAAUUUGUCUCCAGAGCAGACGAAGGAGUGGAUCCCUAUAAAUAAAUCGUACGUGGUGAGUACCUAUCGGAAUGAAGGUAUGCCCAGGAUGCUUGCUAGGUUCGCCGACCUGGUGCAGAAUAAGCACCUCGGUGAAGAGACGGAGAAAAACGGUGUGACGACGGAACAACGCGGUGGAGAAACUUCUCCGCGUGAUCAGGCUAUGCCGAGAGACCACAAUGCGAAACAGUUAGUAGACUCUCCUCCACGUCCAGGCGGAGAAGGCGAAAAUGCACACAUCUACAGAGACGAGCAGGAAGACGAAUUCAACUUUUUCAAUUUAAACAAUUUUGAAGGAAUCAUGUCAGACGGGUUCGAUGUCAUAGAAAGGGAUACCCAUACCAUUAUAACGCAGGAACAAAAAGAAAAAAAUAAUGAAUCUAUAGAUGGAGAACAGGACGGGAAAUUCAUCCCUCCCGUAUCCAAUCCAGAAGAAUCACAAACCAUUGACUUCCUACAUCUGAAUAAACACAAUUACGACAUGUUAAAGCACACACAGUUUGAGUUUUGCAAUGUGACAUAUGAAUUUUUAAUUCACUUAUUUAAGAUUUUGUGUCGAGAUAAAGUUCUUGUCGUGCAGAAUAAUACAAAUGUUAUAAAAAUAGGUAGCCUCAAAAAAGGGAUCCAAUUAGGUAGAACACUUGCCUUAAAAAUUAAGGCAUGCCUUGAGAGGGAGAUUUCCUCUUCACCUAACUUGUCAUCCGCUAUCUGUGUUGAAGAAAUUUCUGACCCGGUCCAUCACAUAACGGGGGAAACGAAGAAUUUGUCGGAGAGUAGGCAGUCUUCCUACUGUGACCCCUUCAGCGUAUCUCUCUCCAACCCAGAUGCGGUUGGAAGGGAGGAUCGAUUUAUUAGUAGAAUUGACGCUUUAGGCCCCAGCUCUUCUAACUGCAACAAAUGGGAAGUACCUAAUGGGGAGAAGAGAUUGACCAAUCAGUAUUCUCCUUCGGAGGAAUCUGUGGGAGGAUCACAAGUCGCGCUUGGGCAAUCGCCCCCAAAGAUUCCGCAUACCCGUACCCUCACAGGGGGUGAAGAGGAUUUACCUGAACGGAAAAGGGCGAAAAGGAAGAAAAGUUUUCCUCAGGAUGUAGGACAUGAUGUAGGACAGGAUAUAGCGCAGAAUAUCAGGCAGAGUGUCAUACAAAGGGGUACCCCUGCAGAGGGAAACACCCGCAUCAGCACCAGCGGAAAUACCUCUAAGCGCGCGCCAAGACAGUCGGAUUUGAUCAUCGAGCGGAUGCAGGAGUGGACGCGGCGAGGCAAAAUCCAAAGGCGAAAAAACACCACCGAUGGCAACAGCAGGGAAAAGGGGGAAAAGAAAAAAAAAAAAAAAAAAAAAAAAAAAAAAAAAAAAAAAGCAACCGCCUCCCAAUGCCGUAACAGUGAGACCCUCUGCUCCAAACACAACCUCUAUGAUCUCUUUGCAAAAUAUAAUAUAAGAGGCCCAUUUAAGCAGGACAUUAUUCAGACGAAUCUUAACGACCAUUGUAGCUACGUUAAUGUGAAUUACUUGGACAACACAUUCUUUAAGGAAUGGAAAUACGCCUUCUGCACUUUUCAUCUUAAUAGAUUUUCUUAUGUGCAAACCAUAGCCGAUUUGAAAUUUUCUGCCUAUGGACUGACCGAUCAGAUGAGGGAAAAGUUUGUGCAAGACAGUUUUCCAUAUGUGACGUAUUCAGCGAAUUUUCAACCCAGUCGUAUACUACUCCUGGGGGGGCCAGCAAGGAAAGGGAGAAAUGGCAAAUCAAGUGUAGAAAGUAGCAAGGGUGAUGUAAAAGAAUUCACUAAGCAGAAUGAAAAACUCUUCUAUGAACACAGCUUCUUUAAUUUUCAGGCAUGGUUGCUAAACCUGGUGGACACGAAAGAGAAGGCUAUAACGGCUGAGGGGGAAAGCAUCAUGCACGGGAGUGGAGAAGCGAAGGAAAAGGAUCGAAGUAGCAAAGGUAUGGAUAUUGUAGAAGAACAGGAAGAAUUGCCCAUGGAAGUGAAGCAGAAUUACGCCGAAUUCGAUGAAAUCACGAACUUUCUGUCCCUACAAGAGGGUUACACAUUUGACGCGCUGGAAAACUCAAACGGUCACGUAGAGGGAGAUAACCGCUAUCAACAGAUCGAAGAACAAAGCAGUGGAAGCAAUGUGAACCCUUUUGGUAAUUUUGUUCAGAAUGGGGAGGCAGAAGAAAUUGACGACUUGCACAAGCCGCUCGGAGAAGCUCUACCGCUGAUUAAAGCAACAAAAUGGGAAGGAGCCUCCGAAAAGAUAGAAACGGUUAAACGAAAAUACCCCAUCUCAGUCUUAAGAAAGGCAUACAAGAUGAAGGAACUGCUCUGCCUGUACAACCAGGGAGGAGUGCAGCACAUACUGGAUACCAUGAAAAGAGCAAAGUUGAGGGGAAAAAAGAAGGAAGAAAAAAAGAGAAAAAAAAAAAACGAAAAGCGGUUAAAGAAACUCUGCGGGGAUGUCUCCAAAGAAUUGAACAAGUGUGUGUCUGUAAAAAACUUCCUCUUUUACGACGCGCCUAUUUGCUUUUGUCUGUAUGGAAAUGAUCCGAAUAAUAAAAGGCAAUACAACACCUACAUUAAUUCAUAUACAUUCCUUUUUGACGUGGUACGCUUCUUCGGAAACAAUGUUGCGGUUGGAAAUGAAAUUUCGCGACUUUAUCUGCAUUCCCCUGUGCCGCUUGUUCGUGAAAAAGAAAACGAUGAAAUGUCAGCCCAUUACUUAAGUGAAGAAGAUAAUCAUAAUGCGAAAAAUUUACGCAAAGGACAACCUUCCCCCCAAGUUGGUCAAACAGCCUACGGAGAACUCUUCUGGGAGGAUGACCCCUUCGUGCGUCUGAGACGUGCUAAUCGUGUUAACCAUUUGGACAACAGAAAAGGCUUCCCCAAUUACGACCACUUGUUACAAAAAUUCAAAAAGGGUGGACUACUCUUUAUAAGCAAAGACAUCACGUACCAAACAUUCCAACACAUGCUGCAGAAUGAGUACUAUAUUCCCGUGCCGAAAUAUAUGAAGAACGACAUAAAAAUGAAGGAAGAAAAUUUCCAGUGCACUCCAGUCACUUGCUUUAAAAAUCAUGUUAUUGGAUUUUACAACAAAAAAUUAUCAGAUGUGUAUAAUUCCAUCGAAUUUCGUGAUUUAAAAAAUUUCGACAUGCACCAGUAUAUCUACCACGAAUAUUUUAACCUUUCUGGAAUCCAGACAGGGACCAAUGGAAAUGCUACUCUCAAUAAGUACAUAGACCAUGGAGAGGGAAUGUAUAGCAAUUCCACUGCCUUCCGUGGUUUUAAGGGAGGAUACAAAAUUGAUUGUGAUCUGUUGAACAAGCUGUAUAAGAUGUGGCCUAGUGAGUUCCACAACAACGAAUCCAGGGAAGAUUACUUGGAAAUGAUGAAGACACUUGAAAACAGGAAAAAGGCUAUCUUUCACAAGUAG